AUGGCUGCUAAGAUCAAGCAGAUCCGCGCCCGCGAGAUCUUCGACUCCCGUGGAAAUCCCACUGUCGAGGUAGAUCUCUGCACCGAGACGGCUCUCUUCCGUGCGGCGGUGCCCAGCGGUGCCAGCACAGGCAUCUACGAGGCCCUGGAGCUGCGCGACGGUGUGAAGGAGCGCCUGCUGGGAAAGGGUGUCCAGAAGGCCGUGGCCAACGUCAAUGACAUCAUUGCUCCAAAGUUAAUCGGAAUGGAGGUCACCAAGCAGACGGAGAUCGACAAGCUGAUGGUGGAAACUCUGGACGGGUCUCAGAACGAAUGGGGAUGGUCCAAGGCCAAACUAGGAGCCAAUGCUGUGUUGGCCGUGUCCAUGGCAGUUUGCCGAGCAGGUGCAGCUGCCAGCAGGAUGCCCCUCUACAAGUAUAUCGCCAGGAUCUCUGGGAAGCCUUACGACAGCUUCGUGAUGCCCGUCCCAUCUUUCAAUGUCAUCAACGGCGGAAGCCACGCUGGCAACAGACUGGCUUGCCAGGAGUUCAUGAUCCUUCCGGUGGGGGCCAGCUCCUUCAAGGAGGCCAUGAUCAUUGGCGCAGAGGUCUACCACAACUUGAAGAGCGUCAUCAAGAAGAAGUACGGCCAGGAUGCCUGCAACGUCGGAGAUGAAGGAGGUUUUGCUCCAAGCGUCCAAGACAACAACGAGGCGCUUGAUGUGCUCAUGGAGGCGAUCGAGAAAUCUGGCCAUGCCGGGAAGGUCAAGAUUGGAACGGAUGUCGCGGCAUCUGAGUUUUACG